ACAAACUCCACCUCAAUAUGAACAUCAGCGUCCAAAAACUAUCACCGAUCAUCGAAGAUAAACCAAAGCACCUCUAAUCACCCAAAGCGCACCUAAAAUCACCCACAAACGUUCAUUCAUGCCCAAAAGAUCCAAAAUGCACAUCCGGGCUUCAAUCCUCCCCUCCAAAAAGCACCCCUCCUUCCACUCCAACAUCCCUCGCUCGACCAUCCUUCUCCGCAUGAACAGCCACUCUGCCAAACGGCAGACCCUCAUUGAGGACUCUCCCUCCCCCAAAUCUAGCGUCCACUCCAAAAUUCCUUCCCAAAAGUACCUCCGAAUCCCUUCAAUCCACCCCUACCCCAGACCUCUCCGAAAGUCCAAGCACAGGAACAGGUUCUGGUACAAACGUAAAAACACUGACUCCCUAGUCAAAAAGAGCAAGCUGAAAAUGGAGAAGUAUAGGAACAUACUGAGCAAACCUAUGCAGAAGAGGUAUAGGAAGUUGAUAGUGGAGCAAGAAGCAAGGUGAAGAAAUUCGAAAAGCGUUCGAGAUUUGUUAAAGUACAUUUACUUCUUCAGCCCGUAUACAAAAACGAAUGUGAAAGUGGAAUUGGAGUGGUUUAAGAAGGAGGCGAUGAGCAAAUUUGAGAUGAUGAGUAAAUCGCAUGAUCAGGCUAAGUUGGAUGUUGAGAAGGGGAAGAGAAGAAGUGGAUUUAGGCUUAAAGUUGCUUCAUCUUCUGAUUCAAUGGCGUUUAUGAAAAAUAUUGACUCAAAAUAUCAAAAAUUAGCAAACUCAGCAAUUUUUAAUAAGAUCAAGAAGGUAGAAGAUAAUAAGCCAGCAAAGAGUAUUUUAGUUAAGCCAGAAGAAAAGAAAAAAUCAAAGCAAUUUCUUAUUACCAGCUUCAAAUAACUUGCCUAAACCUAAACUAAUGAAACCGAGUCCUAAAUCUCCUUACAAAGGUCAAUCCUACCACCUAUACCCUAGCAGAUGCAAAGGAUGUAUAUGAAAAGAGGCUAAGAUAAAGCUAGAAAACUCAAUGCUGCCCACCUCCCCUCGCUCACCCCAAAUAAUUAACGUUCCAAAGUCCUUUUCACGGACCCAAAAAGUGCCAAAAGAGAUAUCUCCAGCUCCAGCCAAGCCUCAAGACAGGUACACCCUAAAACAGCUGCCACCAGGAGCCCAUAAUCUGUCUCCACCAGCCAAGAGUCAUCUACGCAAAUCAAAGCCAAGCUUGCAUCAGAUAAAAUUUAUGAUAGAGAAGAAGCCAGCAGACAUCCAAGAGAGUAGUCAGAGUGAACUUUUUCAAAGAGAUUUAGUCAAUUCUUUAGCCGCGAAGGAGUAAUAAAGUGACUAAAUCUGUCAUUCCCAUUAAACUCAGCCCUGAAAUUCAAGAAAAUCUUCAAAGAUGUCGAAGCAACCUUCAGAUGAUUUGAAAUACAAGAGAAAAAUUUGAUUUUAGCAGUCAGAUAUUAACGCCGAUUAGAAAUAAGAGAAAAGCGUUAUCCCCAAUUCCUCAUUAAGAACAGCCAAGAAAUAAUAUUUCAAUA